AUGUCUGCUCGUGUGAGGCCUCUGGACCCGCCCACGACUCUCUUGGAGGAGGUGGGCGAAGUCACAGUGGGCAACAAAGAGGAAAUGAUUGAACAAAAGCAGCCAGAUCCUAACCCUGACAUCAACGGCAACAACAACAAUAACAACGCAGAAGAAGAAAAGCAGAAGAAAAAGAAGCAGAAGAAAGAGAAAAAGGAGAAGAAAGAGAAAAAGGAAAAGAUGGAGGAGGAGAAGAAGAAGAAAGAGCCAGAAGAGAAGGCGAAAGAGGUCAAUGUAAAGAAAGAGGAACCGAAGGAGAUCUAUGUGGUGGAUCCAGCGGGAAACAUGUACUACCACUGGCUGUUUAUCAUCACGUGUCCUGUAAUGUACAACUGGAUUUUCAUCAUAGCCAGAGCUUGUUUUGAGGAAUUGCAGGAGGAUUAUUUGAUAUACUGGUUCCUUCUGGAUUCCGGGUCUGAUCUGGUGUAUCUGGCCGACAUGAUGUUCAGGACUAGAACAGGAUAUCUGGAGCAGGGUCUUUUGGUGAAGGAUGAGAAGAAACUUCAGCAUCGCUAUAUGGAGAGCAUUCAGUUCAAACUGGACCUGGCCUCCAUGAUUCCAACCGACAUUCUCUACUUUUACUUUGGCCUGAACUACCCUGAGAUCCGCAUGAACAAGUUGCUGAGGGUCAAUCGCUUGUUCGAGUUUUUCCAACGCACGGAGACGCGGACAAACUUUCCCAACGUGUUCCGAAUCUCCAACCUGGUGAUGUACAUUGUGAUCAUCAUCCACUGGAACGCCUGCAUGUAUUACUCGUUCUCCAAGGCAAUCGGCUUCGGAACGGACGCCUUCGUGUAUCCGGACACCACGGACCCCGAGUUCGGCCGGCUGGUGAGAAAGUACGCAUACAGCAUGUACUGGUCGACCCUGACUCUUACGACCAUUGGCGAGACUCCCCCCCCCGUUCAAAACUCAGAGUACUUCUUUGUGGUAACCGACUUCCUGGUGGGCGUGCUGAUUUUCGCUACCAUCGUCGGUAACGUGGGCUCCAUGAUCACCAACGCCAACGCGGCACGAGCAGAUUUCCAGGCUCGAAUCGACGCUAUCAAACAGUACAUGAGUUUCCGAAAAGUCACCAAAGACCUGGAGAAACGAGUCAUCAAAUGGUUCGAUUUCUUGUGGACCAAUAAGAAAGCAGUGGACGAGAGAGAGGUCCUGAAGUACCUGCCAGACAAGCUCAGGGCGGAGAUCGCUAUAAACGUCCACCUGGACACCCUGAAAAAGGUGCGCAUUUUCGCAGACUGUGAGGCCGGACUGCUGGUGGAGCUGGUGCUCAAGCUUCAGCCUCAGGUCUACAGCCCAGGCGACUACAUUUGCAAGAAGGGCGACAUUGGCCGUGAGAUGUACAUCAUCAAAGAAGGAAAACUCGCUGUGGUGGCCGACGACGGGGUCACUCAGUUUGUGGUCCUGAGCGACGGCAGCUACUUUGGAGAGAUCAGCAUUCUAAACAUCAAGGGCAGUAGGGCGGGAAAUCGUCGAACUGCCAACAUCCGCAGCAUUGGCUAUUCCGACCUGUUUUGUCUGUCCAAAGAUGACCUGAUGGAGGCGCUGACUGAAUACCCGGAUGCUAAAGCCAUGCUGGAGGAGAAGGGAAGGCAGAUCCUUAUGAAGGACAAUCUGCUGGAUUUGGAGCUGGCCAAGCAGGGCCCCGAUCCCAAAGACAUGGAGGAGAAAGUCUUCAGGAUCAGCAGCGUAAUGGAUGAACUGCAGACCCGCUUCGCCCGCCUGUUAGCCGAACAAGAAGCUGUCCAGGCCAAAAUGAAGAAACGAAUCACAAAAUUAGAGAAAACGAUCACGACCUCGGGCGGAGAGCUGCUACCAGAACAGCCGACCCUCCAGAAGACAGAAGAUGCAGAAAAGUAA